UUGCUCAAAGAAUAGAAAACAAGAAUUGAACUCCACACAAAGGAUGGUCAAAUAAUAGUCACCAAACCAGUUGCGUUUGUCUUACUCGGCCUUCAGCCCGGCCAGGUAGUUAUUCAGGAAACCCACUGGGGCGUGGAGGUUCCUGGGACAUUUCGCUUUGGAUUAUCACUCAUCGACGAAUGUAAAGACUUAUUUACUCACUGAGUAGGCGGUUUCGAACAGGUGAAGUGUGUAAACAACAGGAGCAGGUAAAGCGACGAAGGCUUCACGUGGACGUAAUCAGGGUCAGCAAGGACACUAGUGAUCACGAUGUCACAGUCGAUACAGAAAUGGUGUGUCCUGUGCAUACUGAUGCUGAUACUGGUGCUGGCAGUGGUCGGGUUUGGCACCCCAAGUUGGUACCGUCUCCGGGUAGCCAGUGUGAGUCCUUACGAGUACACGGCCGGAUUCUUCCAGGCCUGCACGUCGUCCCAGUGUACCGACUACCUGUCAUACACCGGACUGAACACGUACGACAGAAGUUUUAUUGGAUCCAUGAUAUUUAAUAUUCUGGGUAUUAUGCUCCUGCUGGCUUCUGUAGUGACGUGUGUGUUCACCCUCUGGGAUCCAACAGACGUCUGCGGCUGCGUGGCCUGCUUCACUGACAAGCGGAAGUUCCUCCACGUCACGUGGUUAGCCUUACUAGCUGGUUUGUGUUUAUUGGUGAGCGUGAUCUGGUUCGCUGUGUCUGUGAUAAAGGAUAUGAGGGGACUAGGACAGUUGGCAGUGGGCGGCGCCAUAAUAGCCGACUACUCCCUCGCCCUGGUAGCCAUAGCAAGUGCACUGGCCAUUCUUUUCGCACUUAUCAUGUCUAUUUUACUGGUGAGAAAUUUCUUCAUCGGUACCCGAGAAGUCGUGAUGAAACGCCGCAUAGAGGAAGUCGAGUACACCGACGAUCGUCUGACCAUCCAUUCCGAGUAUUCGAAACGAGAGCCGCUUGCCCUGCCCGAACCUGUCUAUACUGUUGCCCGUCCGGAACCCAUGAGGAUGAUUCAAGCACCACCACAGGUUGUAGAAGUUCCGGUACCACAACCGGUAAUGGUACCACAGCCGGUAGUCAUGCCACCACAAGUGAGGUACGUUGAGGUGCCGAAGCCUGUUAUACAGCGCCAGAUCGUCAAGCAGUAUGUCGACCGACCGGUACCUUUUCCGGUUCCGCAACCUCGACCAAUCGUCAUUCAGCAACAGGCACCGAUGAUGGUUGCCAGACAACCAGUCCCUAUCCGUCUCCCCGCUCUCCCAGCUCCUCCUGUCAUGGUCUCCGAUCCUAUCUACAUGCAGUCCCCUCGCCCGUACAUCGUCACAGAACCGGAGCCUAUCAGAAUGUCAAGAUCUUUCCAGAGGAGUAAGCGUUAUAUGGGCGGAGCAUAUAUGGCUGGUCAACCGAUGGGGGGCGCAUUCAUGACACCAGGGCCACCUAUGGCCAUGCCUUUUGGGUAUGGAACUGACUCGUUUGGAGACGGCGGAGAAAUGAUAUACGACAGCCCCACGGACACUCGUCCUUACAUACCUUAAUACACAAGGUUCAAUAAACACUGGACGAGUAUUACACGUGAAAGAGGGUACAAAAUUUGUAAAAAAAAAUCAAUCAAAAUAUAGUAAUAUUAUAUGUUACUAAAUAUCGUUGAUGUAGAUACUAGAACUUCGUGGAGUAAAAUAAACAUUGAUUUUUUUAAAUGUAUUUUGCAAAACAUCAGAGAUUGUGCAAGACAAUGAAGGACUGAAGUGCUAUAUUACGCACACUUAAGUUCAUCUCUUUUAAUAGGUUAGAACACGUGAUCUGUCAUGUUGGCUACUGCUAGAUAGAAUGGCGGGGUUGUUUUAAUUAGUUGACGUUCGUAUGGUUGACAUACAUUUCGGUACAAAUCCAUUAAUGGUUGUAAGUUUAUCUUCUAUAGCUGAUUAACAAUUUGAUAUUAUUUGAUGACAACGAAUCAAAUCUUGUAUAGUCUUGUAGAAACCUUUAUUUACUGUAGUUGAGGUGUGUGGCAUAGUCUAUUUACAGACGGUUACUCGUGAACUUUUUGUACUGCCAUCGGUGUUAUUGUUCAAUUAGCCGAUGACUAGUUUUCAAUGUAUACAUAAUCGUGAAAAGCAUAAUAUUAUUUACGUGUUUACUUUCAUGGCAUUACUGUAAUUUACUCCUAUAUAUAUAUGCAUGUUUGAUUACGUGUUAUAAAAACCUUAUGUACUAUACAUCAUUUUUUUUUAUUAAUACAUGUUAUUUGUAUAUAAAGUAUAUAAUCUACAAUUCUAUUAAACUAAAGAGAACGGACACCC